GCGAGGGGCGGUGGGGCCGCCCCCGCCCCCCCGUGGCUCCGGCACCCGCCGAGCUCAACAUGGACCCGGGCCCCGGCGAGGAGCCCCGCGCCUCCACAUCCUCCGCCACGGCCGUCGCGCAGGAGCCCGGCGCCGAGGAGAAAAAUGAUCCCCCAUUUCAACUCAAACUUCCUCCAAAGGCAGCUAGACCUGAAAAAGAAGUUGACCCAGAAUAUGAAGAGAAGAUGAAAGCAGAUCGAGCAAAAAGGUUUGAGUUCCUCCUGAAGCAGACAGAACUUUUUGCACAUUUUAUUCAACCUGCAGCACAAAAAUCACCAACGUCUCCACUGAAAGUCAAGCUGGGACGGCCACGGAUGAAGAAAGAUGAAAAACAGAGUUUGAUUUCAGCUGGGGAGUACCGUCACAGGCGCACAGAGCAGGAGGAGGAUGAAGAGCUCUUGUCCGAGAGUCGGAAAACGUCCAAUGUGUGUAUUCGGUUUGAGGAGUCUCCUUCAUAUGUGAAAGGAGGAACACUAAGAGAUUAUCAGGUUAGAGGUUUGAACUGGAUGAUCUCAUUGUAUGAAAAUGGUGUUAAUGGCAUUCUGGCAGAUGAAAUGGGGCUUGGUAAGACUCUGCAAACAAUAGCUUUAUUAGGCUAUCUGAAGCAUUACCGAAACAUUCCUGGGCCACACAUGGUCCUGGUUCCAAAAUCAACUUUGCACAACUGGAUGAAUGAAUUCAAGCGCUGGGUUCCAUCCUUACGUGCUGUUUGCCUUAUUGGAGAUAAAGAUGCCAGAGCUGCAUUUAUCCGUGAUGUUAUGAUGCCUGGUGAAUGGGAUGUUUGUGUUACAUCAUAUGAAAUGGUAAUUAAAGAGAAAUCAGUCUUCAAAAAAUUUAACUGGAGGUACCUGGUAAUUGAUGAAGCCCACAGAAUAAAGAAUGAGAAGUCUAAGCUGUCAGAGAUUGUACGUGAGUUCAAGACAACAAAUCGAUUGCUGCUUACGGGAACUCCUUUACAGAAUAACCUCCAUGAGCUGUGGGCAUUACUCAAUUUCCUUUUACCUGAUGUCUUCAAUUCUGCAGAUGAUUUUGACUCAUGGUUUGACACUAAAAAUUGUCUCGGUGAUCAGAAGCUUGUAGAAAGACUUCAUGCUGUUUUGAAGCCAUUUCUCUUACGUCGCAUAAAAGGUGAAGUAGAAAAGAGUUUGCCUCCAAAGAAGGAAGUAAAAAUUUAUCUUGGGCUCAGCAAAAUGCAGAGAGAAUGGUAUACCAGGAUCCUGAUGAAAGAUAUUGAUAUCCUGAAUUCAGCUGGGAAAAUGGAUAAGAUGCGUCUGCUGAAUAUUCUGAUGCAGCUGCGGAAGUGCUGUAACCAUCCUUACCUGUUUGAUGGUGCUGAGCCAGGCCCUCCUUACACCACUGACACUCAUCUCAUCACCAACAGUGGUAAAAUGUUAGUUCUGGAUAAGCUGCUGGCAAAACUCAGAGAGCAGGGUUCCAGAGUUCUGCUGUUCAGUCAGAUGACUCGCUUGCUGGAUAUUUUGGAAGACUAUUGCAUGUGGCGUGGGUAUGAGUACUGCAGACUUGAUGGGCAGACACCACAUGAGGAAAGAGAGGAAGCAAUUGACACAUUUAAUGCUCCCAACAGCAGUAAAUUCAUUUUCAUGCUGAGUACCAGAGCUGGAGGUCUUGGAAUUAAUUUGGCAACUGCUGAUGUGGUUAUUCUCUAUGAUUCAGAUUGGAACCCUCAAGUAGAUCUGCAAGCCAUGGAUCGUGCGCAUCGUAUUGGUCAAAAGAAACCAGUACGGGUGUUUCGACUUAUCACUGAUAAUACUGUUGAAGAGAGGAUUGUAGAAAGAGCUGAAAUAAAACUGAGGCUGGACUCUAUAGUUAUACAACAAGGAAGGCUCAUAGACCAACAGUCCAACAAACUGGCAAAAGAUGAAAUGCUGCAGAUGAUCCGGCACGGAGCCACGCAUGUGUUUGCUUCCAAAGACAGUGAGCUGACAGAAGAAGAUAUAACCACUAUUUUAGAAAGAGGUGAAAAGAAGACAGCUGAAAUGAAUGAACGAUUGCAGAAAAUGGGAGAGAGCUCCCUACGAAAUUUCACUAUGGACACAGAGAUGAGCUUAUACAACUUUGAAGGUGAAGAUUACAGAGAAAAACAAAAGCUGAGCAUGAUGGAAUGGAUUGAGCCUCCAAAAAGAGAACGCAAAGCCAAUUAUGCAGUGGAUGCUUAUUUCAGAGAAGCCCUACGUGUCAGUGAACCAAAAGUCCCCAAGGCUCCACGACCUCCAAAACAACCAAAUAUUCAGGAUUUUCAGUUUUUCCCACCACGGUUAUUUGAACUUCUGGAAAAAGAAAUUCUGUAUUACCGUAAGACUAUAGGAUAUAAGGUCCCCAGGAAUCCUGACCUUCCAAAUGCAGCUCAGGUACAAAAGGAGGAACAAAAGAAGAUAGAUGAGUCUAUGCCUCUGAAUACUGAGGAGAGUGAAGAGAAAGAAAAGCUUCUAACACAGGGUUUUACAAACUGGAAUAAAAGAGAUUUUAACCAGUUUAUUAAAGCUAAUGAGAAAUAUGGUCGUGAUGAUAUAGACAAUAUUGCCCGUGAGGUGGAAGGAAAGUCACCUGAGGAGGUCAUUGAGUACUCAGCCGUUUUCUGGGAACGUUGUAAUGAACUACAGGACAUUGAGAGGAUUAUGGCUCAAAUUGAACGAGGAGAGGCAAGAAUUCAGCGGAGGAUCAGUAUCAAGAAAGCCCUUGAUGCCAAAAUUGCAAGGUACAAAGCACCUUUUCAUCAGCUGCGUAUUCAGUAUGGGACAAACAAAGGGAAAAAUUACACGGAAGAAGAAGACAGAUUUUUGAUCUGUAUGUUACACAAGAUGGGCUUUGACAAGGAAAACGUGUAUGAGGAGCUGAGGCAGUGCGUGCGCAACGCUCCUCAGUUCAGGUUCGACUGGUUUAUCAAAUCCAGAACUGCAAUGGAGUUUCAGAGACGCUGCAAUACUCUCAUAUCAUUAAUAGAAAAAGAAAAUAUGGAAAUUGAGGAAAAAGAAAGAGCUGAAAAGAAGAAAAGAGGAGCAAAAGUUACAGCAUCACAGAAGAGAAAAGCAGAUUUGGCUGCUGAGAACUCUGGAAAAAAAGAUGCUAAGAAAGUGAAGUCGUGAACCUGAAAACCGAAUGCUAAAUAUUAGACUGCCACUUUCUUCACUCCAUCUAUGUGUAUUAAUUGCCAACUUCUUUGUAUUCAUGGUACUCUUCCCCAAGUCCCAUGCUUUAAUUUUGCAAAUUUUGUAUACUUUACAACGGCUUUCUUUACCUAAAAUGUGUAGCUUUAUAUCUUAUGCAUUCCAGUAUUUUUGUGUACUGUAUUUUGUGAGUUUUAUGUCUUUGGCAAAAUUCACUCAGUCCUUGGUUUUUUGAAGCUUGUGCUGAGGUUUUUGGCUUUUAUAUGUUUUAUAUGCUGCUGCUUUGAAAGAAAACCUAGAUUCUAUAGCUGUAUUACUGUUAUUUCAUAUUUUAAAUUUAUAUGGCUGUUGGAAAAUAAACUGACUUAAUUAUUUGAAGAGAAAUAUACUUCACCUUUGUUUUCCCUACCUUCUCUCCCUUUUGCAUAGCUACAUUUAGAGAGAAUGUUAAGGUUUGUAUAAUUGUGCCUUCAUCAUCAAUCAGAUUUUUUUCAGAGGAGUACUUAGACAGGAUCAGGAGCAUGACAAAACAAAAUCUAAUUAGACUGACAUCCUUGUUUGCUCUGUGCAUUAUGUGGACAUUUUUCUCUGAAAUGUUCAGAAGGAAACCCAGCAAAUACACACUUCUUGUUUUUCUUUAUCAGUGAUUUCUGCUGGGCUACAUGCUUAAACACAGGGUGAGGUGUUCUUCAGAAGGGUGUCUAGAUGAAAACUUUUCUAUGCCUCAUAAAAGGAAGUAGUCAGCUAACAGCUUCUGGUUGUUUAAGUAGCAAACAAAAUAAUUCACUUUCUGGUUGGUAGGCUGCUCAGCUCUGCUGCCUUGUGCUGAAAGAUCUUCGUUGCUCUAAUUAUCUCUGCUAAAGUUCUUCUUUUACCUUUUACUCAACAUGUCAGUCAAAAGCAAUGGGGAUAUGUUAUGGAGUGCUCCUUUUUAGUAUUUCUAUUUUAAUGAAGGGACGAAAGUGUUGGAUGUAUGAUUUUUUGACUUUGCAAGAAUGGCCUUUAUUAAGCAGGUUCACAGUUCCUGCUCACUUCAGAGUCUCUGCCUUUCCUGGAUCAGUAGAACAGUGACUGUGACAUCUGAUGUUUUACUUUAAUGUUCUGUCUCUGAUCUGGUGUUUAGUACAGACCUUGCUAUGGUGAGACAUGCCCUCAUAAUGUCAGGUCUAGAUUCAUGCAGUGUGCUUUACAUGGUACUUCCCUUGAAGACUGCUUGUAAACUUGUAGUGCAGUUUGCUUCCUUCAGUGGAUUGAGGUGUUUUGAGAUAAAGAAACCUCUUUACUCUUUGUAUUUCGUGCUUUGCAUUUGCUACCUUCUUCUGUGUUUGUAAAAUUCAGGACUUUAUAAAAUAAAGUUCUUGAGCUCUGCCCGUAUUCUUCUAUGUCAUUUAAAAUAUACUGGUAUGUCUUCGAAGUUUUCUGGGAUUAGGGUCCCUAAGUUUGAUGAGCAAUUUCCAGCUUUUUUGGUAAUGUCUGUUUAAGGUUUGGGUCAAAAUGGGUGUGAUGAAUUAGUUGAGCAUUUCAAAAGGUAAUUAUAAAGAUUAGAUUCUAUAUUUUGGAUUGUAGCUUUUGUCCAGGGACCACGUUAAUUAUUUCACUGGGCUUAUAUUUGUAAGACUUGGUAUUCAUCUGUUGAGCUUCAUGUGAUGAGUUGAAGGGUACAUCUGACAAUGAUGGGGCACAACUUCCAGGCAGGAGAUUGGAGUCAGAGCAUGUUUUUAAAUGAGUGUGCAACCUAGCGGGGUAGGUGUGCUCAGGAAAGGAGCAUGUCUCCUCAGAUGAUAGCUUUGGUAUUGGAGCAAUUAACAUCCUGCUUUAUCCUUGGGAGGAGGACAUCCCAUGUAAUUAUGGAAAAAGGCUGUGCAGCUAUGUGCAGAUAUAACCACAAAUCGCUGGAGCAUUGCUAUUAAUAGAGAGGAAGAUGCCUUAUUUACAUUUGCUUUUUGGCUCAUGUGCCACUCACUAAGUUUAUGGCCUGAAAUUAUAAAAACAAGUUAAAAGAGAAGGGAAAUAAAGGCUGAAAGAGCCAAUUGAAAUGUUUAUGGAAUUACAUGGCUAGGUCUAGAGCUUAUUCUAUUGCUCCUAUUUAGCAUUGGAUGAGUAUUUUCAUGUUUUAAGUCUUGAAAUAAGUGUAUUCUGGUUUUGUUUAUUGUAGAUUAGCUUUGUUUGACUUGCAUGUUUUUGUGUAUCCGGUUUCUCUGUGUUGCAAAGUGUAUGGAAAGUCUUAAAAUGGUAAUAUCUUAACAUGUUCUUUUAUGCAGAUUUCUUGGUUUGAGUUACCACUUGAAUUAAUGUUCACUCUUCUCAAUGACAUGGUACACAAGCCAUAUAGCAAAAGAUCAUGCAAUUGUUCUUUCAGAUAUUAUCCCCUUGAUGAGACAGCUUCUCUGAAGAAUGAUAGAUUCUCCCAGGAACUAUCUGCUAUCUCUUGCAGUCUGUAGUCCCUAGUUAAACUGAAUGUGCUGUUGAACAACAGUCCUUGAGAGCACUUGGAUGCUAUAAACCAGUUCCUAGCGGAUUGAGCCUUCCCAUCCAUCAUGUCCUACAGUGAUAACUAAAGAAAAUUGCUAACAGCUGCUGGUCAGGAUUAAAGUAAAAUGGAUCUUUCUUUUCCCUUUUUCGUUCUUCCAGUUGCAGAUACCCACACAGUGUGUGCCUAGCAGUAUCUUAAAUUAUAUGCUGCUGUGACUCAAAAUUAGAUGACAGAAAUGAAAGCAUCUUCCUUUUAACUGUUCUUUUCUUAGGUGAGGAGUACUGUUUGUAAGAAAUUAGUAAGCACUGAAUGUUAUGUGAUAGGAAACUUCUGAAAAGUCUGGGCCUUCAGGCAAUUUUAGAGUUGCCAGAAAUGCUGCAAGAUAUAACAUUUUGAAAAUUAAUUUAGUUCCUUUUCAGUGGACAAGUAAAAUUUGCUUGUGUAAACAUCAGUCUUGAAGAAAGUCACCUAGCACCUUUGGCUCACCCAGCAGUGCACAUAACAUCCUGGGAGAGGUCACAGCAAUUGUGGUGGUUUUCUUUUCACAUUUUCAUCAUUUCCAACUUACUAGUCCUUUUAUUUUUGAGUUAUGUUAGUGACGACACCAAAAAAAUAAUGCUGCUGACCGUCUUCAUUGUAUUUAAUUUCAGUUUGUUAUAAUGACAUAGAGAAGAAAUGAACUUUCUUCUUGCUGGUAAUACUAGACCAUCUUUAGAUGAUGGUUUGCACAAGUGGUGUUGUUACACUAAAAUAUUAAGUAAGAAUGUUUUUCUUGUAGAUUAGCAUUGCUUGUUUGAUUUAGUGGUAAUGCUGGUUAUGGUUUAACAAAAAAGCAGCUUCCCUCUUUGAGAUGAUGAGGAAGGAGUACAGUAUACAGAAAUUAAUCAGACUCUAAGUGCCUGAUGGUAAUGACAAACUGAUUUUUGCUUUUAUAUAUUCUUCAUAUAUAUAUUUGUAGCUCUGUAGCUAUAUGAGGAGCAUAUAAAAGCAAAAAUUAGUUUGGCAUCAAUGGAAGUAACUUUGUUGUGCAGUGCCUGCAGCUCCUGCUGUGCACUGCUGUGUUGCAGGCACUCUGUUCAUGUCUCUUGCCCACGUUCAGUAGGGGGAUUAAGUACUUUCAGUGAUGAGAAAUAAAUGCCAAAGCAUUACAGCUUGAAAAAAGGUGGAAUUUUGCGGUCAAUACCAGUUUAUGUGAAUGUAAAAUGAUGAGGUUGGUGCAGACAUUGGCACUUGUGAUGCUAGAAGGGAUUGAUCACCAACUGUAGUUCUGAUCUGACUAAGAGAUCACUUAAUUUUAUCUAGUCCAUGUACUUAGCUUCAAGCAUGUAUGUAAAUGCGUUUGUGGGUCAUUGUUCUAAUGUUUGAUAUGUUCUUUUUCUGAAAGACUUAAAGUUGAGCUUAGUUUGCAUAUUUUGAAAUGUACUGUACUCUUUAAUUGCAUUUGCAUGAUAUCCAUCCUUUUAUGAGAGCCUUAAUAGGAGUAAUAUUUGCUGCCUCAAAGGUAUGUCGGUGUUGUGUUGUUCAAGAUAACUUCUAAAGUUUUCAAACUGAGAUUUGUUUCUUAAGUUGUACAUAUAUGAAAAUAAAAGUUAAUAUGAACUUGAUGUCUUCUGGUAAUUCUGGUACACAGGGGCCUGUUACUUGGAUACUUUCAAUGUAGUUUAAUCUGGUUUUGUUGUUCUUGUGCCUCCCGUAACCUUCAGGCCAUGGUGGCUGAACGUAAAGGGGUGUGUGUGGCUGUUCCACAUCUGCUUUCAAAUUAUAGUUUCUUGUAAUCUAAAACUGUACUAGUAGUGCCUAUGCUUUUUUGACAGCCUUGCCUGUGUUGUCUCUUAGUACACUGUCACACAAUGUAUAUUGAUUCUUUAUUAAAGUAUAUUGCUGGUUCCCUUUUA